GGGGGCGGCGAGGUGGGGGCGGGAAUUCCCGACUGGAGGCCGGAACCCAGCGGAUACCAUGUAGUGAGACCCUGGCGAGGUCCAAGAGUCGCUGGAGCCGCCACCACCGCCGCCGCCAUGGGGCCCUGGGGAGAGCCAGAGCUCCUGGUGUGGCGCCCAGAGGCUGUGGCUUCGGCGCCCUCAGUGCCCGUGGGGCUGGAGGUGAAGCUGGGGGCCCUGGUGCUGCUUCUGGUGCUCACCCUUCUGUGCAGCCUGGUGCCCAUCUGUGUGCUGCGGCGGCCUGGAGCCAGCCACGAAGCCUCAGCUUCCCGCCAGAAAGCCCUGAGCCUAGUGAGCUGCUUUGCGGGGGGCGUGUUUUUGGCCACCUGUCUCCUGGACCUUCUGCCUGACUACCUGGCUGCCAUAGAUGAGGCCCUGGCAGCCCUGCACGUGACGCUCCAGUUCCCCUUACAAGAGUUCAUCUUGGCCAUGGGCUUCUUCCUGGUCCUGGUGAUGGAACAGAUCACACUGGCCUACAAGGAGCAGUCUGGGCCACCGCCUCGGGAGGAAACAAGGGCUCUGCUGGGAACAGUGAAUGGUGGGCCACAGCAUUGGCACGAUGGGCCAGGGGUCCCACAGGCACAUGGAGCCCCGGCGGCCCCCUCAGCCCUGCGUGCCUGUGUACUGGUCUUCUCCCUGGCCCUGCACUCAGUGUUUGAGGGGCUGGCAGUGGGGCUGCAGCGGGACCGCGCUCGGGCCAUGGAGCUGUGCCUGGCUUUGCUGCUCCACAAGGGUAUCCUGGCUGUUAGCCUGUCUCUACGGCUGCUGCAGAGCCACCUGCGAGUGCAGGUGGUGGCUGGCUGUGGGAUCCUCUUCUCAUGCAUGACACCUCUAGGCAUUGGGCUGGGUGCAGCUCUGGCAGAGUCGGCUGGACCUCUGCACCAGCUGGCCCAGUCUGUGCUGGAGGGCAUGGCAGCAGGCACCUUCCUCUACAUCACCUUCCUGGAAAUUUUGCCUCAGGAGCUGGCCACUUCUGAGCAGAGGAUCCUCAAGGUCAUUCUGCUCCUAGCAGGCUUUGCUCUGCUCACUGGCCUGCUCUUCAUUCAAAUCUAGGAGGCAUCAAGAGAGGGGCAGGGGAGGCUGGUCAGCAGGUGCCCCUGCCCUCCCCUCCCCCCCCCCCCAGUAUGUGGGGAGGGAGGUGCUGAGGACCAAAAUGUUCUCUGGGAGGUAGGGAUGGAGGCUUUGGGAUAUCUCGUUCAAUGAAAUGAGAAGGCAGUGGGGCAAAGGCUGGCCCAGCAAGCGAGACAGUCAAGUCACUAGAGAGAUGAUCAGAGGACACUGACUGGUCAGGGACUAUGGAUAGGGACAGACUGACACUAGGAAAGCCAGAGGUAGGCACCCCGUUGCUAUGGGGUAAGCAGACGGGGAGGACAUGGGCCCAGAGUCAGUGCCCUGUUGGUUUUAGCCCAUUUCAAUUUCAGCACCUGCCACUUGAAGUGGAGCCCUCGUACUUUCCUGAUCUUGUACUCAAAUAAGUUUCCCUCUUCCCUUCUCCCAGGGGAUUAGUGCCAAAUGGUCUCUCCUUGCCAGUUUUGGUACCUUCUAGGGCAUCUCCAGUUCUGCCCACUCCUCUAUUUCUAAAGUGCCAAAUAGCUUCCUCCCUUCUUUCUCAAAGCACAGUGAUGUGGCAGUGAGCCCUGCCCAACGCCUCCGUGGAGGGGUUCUGCUUUCUUUUGGUCCCAGAUCCUUGGGGGAGGUGGAGGGCAGAAGUGUUUGCUGGGCUGUGGGUCAGGAGACUGUUGGAGAGCUGGGGCCACCUACCACUGCUGCACCUUAGGAAUAUGAAACAUGGACAUGGUGCCCCAGGCACAAAUGAUAAACACCGAGCUACCAAUUUUUUUUUUUUUAUACCGGAGGAGCCCAAGUGGGUAGGCAGAUUCCUACCUACUGGGGUUAUUUUUGGGGAGGGAGGACUAUGCAUAGGGCUGUAUUCUCUAGAAUCUAUUUUACUAACUGACCUGUUUUGGGACAUGUUACCCAAAUAAAAAAUGUUUAUACA